UUUACCCUUUGACCCUGUUAUUGGCACAAGUACUAGUAUCCCAGGUGGCCUGCAGGCACAUUUAUACUACUCCGGUCUUUUGUGGUUUUUAACAUUGCUGACUCUUUGACGCAAAGCUAGCCAUACGAUCUGACACUAUGGGCGAUCGUUUGGAGGUCGUGAAGGGUCACCUGUCGGCAGGACAGGUGCAGCAGUCGUGCUGCAGCGCCUCUGGCUGCGGGCCCGGGUACCGCACCCCGCUGGACGCCAUGAAGGCACCCCAGGAGCAGAUAGUCUACCUGCCCUGUAUUUACCGCAACACCGGUAUAAACAGGCCUGACUAUGUUGCUACUGUGGACGUGGAUCCCAAAUCACCGACAUACAGCAAGGUUAUCCACCGUUUGGAGGUGCCGAACCUGAAGGAUGAACUUCACCACACGGGGUGGAACGCCUGCAGCUCGUGUUUUGACGACCCAAGCAAGCGUCGGAACCGUCUGAUCUGUCCCGGUCUCAUCUCCAGCCGGAUAUACGUCAUCGAUACGGGGACCAAUCCACGAGCUCCUAGCAUUCACAAGAUUGUGGAACCGACUGAGCUGUACUGGAAGACCGGAUUGGCUAACCCCCACACUACACAUUGCCUGGGCAGCGGCGAGAUCAUGAUCAGCACCAUCGGUGAUCCGAGCGGAAACGCUAAAGGAGGAUUUGUCUUGCUGGACGGGGAGACAUUUGAGGUGAAGGGGAACUGGGAGGCCCCGGGAGACCACACAGAGUUCGGGUACGACUUCUGGUACCAGCCACGGCACAACGUCAUGAUCAGUACGGAGUGGGGGCACCCCAAACUGCUGGCCUACGGAUUCGACCCCCAGCAUUACGCCGAAGGAAAGUACGGUCAGAGCCUGCACGUGUGGGACUGGACAACUCACAGGCGCAUCCAGGACAUUGACCUCGGGCCGGAGGGCGCCAUUCCACUGGAGAUCCGCUUCCUGCACAACCCGGACGAACCGCAAGGGUACGUGGGCUGUGCACUGAGCAGCAACGUCUUCAGGUUCUACAAGACCCCGAGAGGUGACUGGGCCACAGAGAAGGUGAUUGACAUCCCGAAUAAGAAGGUUGAGGGCUGGGCUCUACCCGAGAUGCCAGGGCUCAUCACGGACAUUCUGAUCUCCAUGGACGACCGGUUCCUGUACUUCAGCAACUGGCUGCACGGUGACGUCAGGCAGUAUGACAUCACCGACCGCAGGAACCCCAAGUUGGUCGGUCAGCUUUUCCUUGGUGGAAGUAUCUGUAAGGGCGGCCCCGUGAAGGUGACCCACGACCCUGAGCUGAAGCAGCAGCCCGAUCCCCUGGUGCUGAACGGGCGGGUGAAGGCCGGCUCGGCCCCGCAGAUGCUGCAGCUCAGUCUCGAUGGCAAGCGGCUCUACGUCACCACAUCUCUGUACAGCGGCUGGGACAAACAGUUCUACCCGGACAUGAUCACAGAGGGUUCCUUGAUGUUCAUUGUUGACGUGAACACCGAUGUUGGAGGCCUGUCCCUGAACCAGAACUUCCUGGUGGACUUCGGGCAGGAGCCGCAUGGCCCCGUGCUGGCUCACGAAGUGCGCUACCCGGGCGGAGACUGUAGCUCCGACAUCUGGCUGUAAACAAUUUCAAGGCGUUCAUCAGGAGUUAUGUUAGGUCGCGCGAUCGUCCUACGAUUACUAACUUCAUCACGACAAAAUGUGCGUCUCCUGCAAAGUGCAAAUGUCUUGGUACACAAAAUGCUGUUUUGGAUCCAUGUAUGUGGUUGGUUCUGUCACAGCUUUAAAAUACUUUGGAAUCAAAAUCGUGCGACGAUCGCACGAUUUAUGUGACCGCGCCCUUGACACCAAAAUAUAACAUUAUAUUUAACAAUAAAAAGCAAUGAAUAAAUAAUAGCAAUAAAUGAUAGCAAUAUUCACUUUGAAAAACAUACCCGUCUUUUUAGUCGCUGUGUCGAACUGGUGUACAUAUCCAAUGUGCCGUCACAUGUAGCCAACCUCAAAUUUGUUGCAGAUAUCAUUAGUUUGAAAAAAUCUUUUGACAACAAAACAUUCAAUAACAUAUAUUUGACGAAAAAAUAUUGUUAGCUUUGUUCUUUUUUUCAAAUAAUCAGAAAACGUGAUAUUUUGGUGUCAUAGGUUCUUUAAAAGUCUGUGCUCCAGUGCAUGUCCUUCGCCAAAAAGGAGGACAAUUGGCCUCCGAAAGUGAUACUUUCUCAUAUAAAUAUGUCAUAAUAUCAAACGUGAUACAUUCCGUACACAGGGUCAGUAGUGAUUCACAUACUUAAUUUUUUUACUGAUAUCACAGUUAGAAUUGGAAAACGUAUGUUCCAAAGCAGAAACGCUCAACGUGAUGUUGUUGGUGUAUCCCAUGAGUCCCGAUAUCAAUGUAACCAGUGUAUGAUACCACAUUCAGAUUAUAAUUGUGUUUUGAUAUAACAAUUGAUUUUCAUAGUUACGAAUGUAUUUCAGGGAUAAAUCUAAUGGAAACUGGUGGUAUUUACCGAUCAGAAGAUUUGGUGUCAGUUGUGCUCACUUUGCUUUUAAAAUGUUGUAAUUUCGUGAACAAGUGCGUAGCAAUGAUACUAUACAUUAGACAAAGUAUUGGUGACACAAAUCGCGUGAAUUGUAGUAUUUUCAAACUGAUAAAGAUGUAGUACAAUGAGUACUAAAAUUUGAAUUAAAAGACAAAUCGUAACCCAUAUCAGAAUAUAUUUUGAAAAUUAUAUAUCUUGGAAUAUAAUAAAGAUGCUGGUAAAAUAA